AUGGUAUUUGGCUUAUUUCCCACAAUUGAAAGGAUGUCUUGUUCUCCAAAUGGACAAAAGCUUUAUAAAACUCUUAAAUUUCUUGACAACUAUCCAUAUUUUACUAAAUGUUUAACAAUUUGGUUUGACAUUAUGCCAAUAUUUAUUAAAAAAUUUUUAAUAAAUUGUUAUUUUGGAUUUAAUAAUAUGAUUCCAUUAUGUAUUAUUGAAUCAACAACUGAAUUAUUUAAUACAACAGUUAUUAGAAAUAUUAUUCAUAUGUCAAAAGAUGAACUUGAUAAUGUUUAUGAGUAUGACUUCGAUUUAAAUAAAUAUGCUAACAAUAUAUAUUUAUAUUAUGGGUUAAAAGAUGGCUGGGUUCCAAUAAAAUAUGGAAAUGACAUGAUGAAUAGAAAAGAGUUAAAUGAUGGUCAUAUUAUUUUUGAUACUACAAAUUCUGAACAUGCAUUUGUAAUAAAAGAAAGUAAAGUUAUAGCUGAUGAAUUGAUAAAAUUUUUAUAA